AGGAUCUCUAAUGAAAUGUUAAACCAGAACUUAAUGUUAGUGUUAUUUAAAAAUAGCUCCAAUGCCCCACCGAAUAAUUGCAGUCGGGUGAACAAAACAAAUGACUGGGAUUUGAAUGCACGUCUCGUAUACUGCCACACUUCUCUUGCUAAUGUCGGUCAAAAUACAAAAUAUUUUUGGCAGCAGAGUGAGCAACAAGGCCACGUCCCUAGUAAGGGGAAAAGCGGACUCUUCAUUUAUUGCAUGGAAAUAAAUAAGUUUUUUUUGUCACAACCCACACAGCCCCCAAUUAAAAAGAAAAUACAAUCGCGAUAUAUUUUCUGGGUCAGCUUGUAUGGUAAUGCACAUCAUUCGGUGGGAUCUUAGAAGAAAAUAAGGCUCACAGGCCACAAACUCACACCAUUUCUCAUAAAAAAAAACUUAAUGUAAAAUU